AUGAUGGUCGGCACAUCAUUGGCUGAAUAUGUGGAGUACGAACACAAUGCGACAGGAGCAACGGAACCUGAAGGGGACGCCUCCCAUGAUGUUGAUCAUGCAUCACCAUCCAUGCAUGAGAAUAGCACCAUUGAGGAUAUUGUGCCACUUGAAGGUGCAAAUGACCAGAGGGGGCUACCUGAUUCAAUUGAGAGGCCUCCUCAGCUUGAUGACAUCAAAGUGGAAUACCACCCCAGGAGUGGGCACCCAUCUCAGCUUUUUCAAUUCCACGAGUACAUGAACCAGCUUCCAGGAUCUAAAAAUGUUGACAUUCCACCUGACCUGGAACCAUGGAAACCUUUCCGUUCAUGGCUUGAUUUUGAACUGGCUGAAUUAAUCUUGGAUACUCACAUGAAUAAGAACCAAACUAAUGCCCUUAUCACUCUGAUUCAUCAAUGUAUAUCUGAGCCACAAUCCUUUAUGCUCAAGAAUGAAUCUGACCUCAGCAAGAUUUGGCAGAAUGCUGCUAUUAGGGCAACAGCUUUUGAAAAAACGACAAUUAAAGUGGAGUAUGGUGAUGAAGAAAAGCCUUUUGAUGUCUGGACUUGUCCAUUGUGGGAUUGGGCUCAGGAACUCCUCCAUGACCCCCAUCUUGCAAAAGAAUUUCAUUGGGAUGCUGAAUGGCAUUAUUGGUCAAAAAUUUGA